GUGCAGCCGCUCAACCAUCCCCUCCACGACCCGCCCAUCCGCCGCUUCUCCCACAGCCUGGUCAGGUGUUCGCUUGUUUCCACACGUAAACUUUGCAUUUUGACAACUGAUCAGCUUCUGUGUCGUGACAAACCCAAUCGAGGACAUGUUCAGACGGAUACUUCAAAUGACUCCUGGGAAGGGAGGCUCCCAGAAUGCAGAAUCGGAGAAGCCCACCACUGACCUGAACCACGACCAGACGUCCGAGGGCUUCAUCUGUCCUCAGUGCAUGAAGUCUCACAACUCUGCAGACGAACUCUUCAAACACUAUGAGCUGUUCCACGACACUGGAGACCUCCCUGCUCAUGUGGCUCCCACGCGUGAAGACCUCACCAUGUUGCGGCAGGAGGUUCAGGAUCUCCACGCUUCUCUCAAGGAGGAGAGAUGGUUCUCUGGAGAACUAAAGAAAGAACUGGACAAAGUUCAAGGACAACUGAAGCAAAACGAUGGACCGAUAAGCGCUGAGGAUUCAGCCCUCGAAAGAAAGUUAGUGGAAGCAGAGACGGAGAAGUUCAACAUUAAGCAGAUGAAAGACCUGUUUGAGCAGAAGGCGGCGCAGCUGGCCACAGAGAUAGUAGACCUGAAGUCUCGCUAUGACGAGGAGAAAAGCCUGAGGGAAGCUGCCAAUCAGAGGGUUUCCAGUUUGAGCGAACAGCUGCAGAGGGAGAAGCAGGAGAAUGAGAGACUUCAAACAGAAUUGCUGCAGCGGCCGGGAGUGGAGGAUGUGGAGGUUCUACAGAAGGAGCUGGUCCAGGUGCAGACGCUCAUGGACAGGAUGACCCGUGAGCGGGAGGAAGAGUCCGAGCGCCUCAAAAGCCACUACACAGAGCUGCAGGCUAACUACACUACCUCAGAGAUUCAAAAACUGGAGAUGACCAUAUCCCAACUAAAAGCCGAGCUGGAGAAGGGUCCACAGGAAGCCGCUGUCUACACGCAACAAAUCCAUGAGCUGCAGGGAAAUCUCAAUAAUUUGCAGCAACAAUGUCAGAGUCUCUCUGAGAAACUUGUGCGUAAGGAGAAGGAGCUUCAAGAAGUGGGGGACACUCUGGGAGCCGAGAAAGCCGCCAAGAAGGGCGUCCAGGACAGCCUGAGGGAGCGGGACUCGGAGGUGCAGGAGCUCCAGGCUCGAGCCGCGGGGGCCGAAGCGUCCCUUCAGAAGGCCCAGGCCGAGCUGGAGGAGAGGGCCGAGGAGGCGGCCAAGCUGAGGAGCGAGAUAGUAGAGCUGGAGGUGAAACACGCAGAGCUGAAGGUGGAGAGGAAGCAGCUGGAGCAUCAGAGGGAGGAAAAAGAAAGCCAAGGUGCCCAGCAGCAGACAGAGAUCAGUCAGCUGCAUGCCAAACUGCUGGAGGCCGAGCGGCAGGUAGGCGAGCUGCAGGGCCGUCUGAAGGAGCAGAGGCAGCUGUCUGGAGAGAAACUGAAGGACAGAGAGCAGCAAGCGGCCGACCUCCAGUUCAAACUCUCCCGAACUGAAGAACAGGUAAAGGAGAGCUGCAGUAAGAACUCGGACCUGCAGCACCAGCUGGAGAAAGCCAAGCAACAGCACCAGGAGCUUCAGGCGCUGCAGCAAAACACCAACGGCAAACUGCGGGAGGCGCAGAAUGACUUGGAGCAGGUGCUGCGUCAGAUUGGGGACAAAGACCAGAAGAUCCAGAACCUGGAGGCUCUGCUUCAGAAGAGUAAAGACACUGUGAGCCAGCUGGAAGCGGAGAGAGAGGAUCUGUGUGCCAAAAUCCAGGCUGGGGAGGGAGAAACGGCGCUGCUCAACCAGCUGAAAGAGAAGAACCAUGCACUGCAUGAACAGGUUGCGCAGUUGACGGACAAGCUGAAGAACCAAUCGGAGAGCAACAAGCAGGCCCAGGACAACCUUCACAAGCAGGUGCAGGAGCAGAAGACCCAGCUGCGUUCAGCCCAGGACCGAGCGCAGACCCUAGAGACGUCCGUCACUGAGCUCACCGCCCAGCUCACCGACAGCAAGGAGAAAGUAUCCCAGCUGGACGCUCAGCUGAAGGCCAAAACGGAGCUGCUUCUGUCUGCGGAGGCGGCCAAGGCUGCACAGAAGGCCAACCUGGAGAACAGCCUGGAGACGUCUCAGCAUGCUCUGCAGGACAAACAGCAGGAGCUGAGCGAAGCUCAGAAGAGGCUGGAGGAUCAGGCCCAAAGGCUCAGAGACAAACAGGAGCAGAGUGCCCAGCUGGAGAGCAUCCUGAAGGAAUGUAAAGACAAACUGCUGGCCUCAGAGCAGCGGGUGGAGCAGCUGGAAGGGCUCAGCAAGAAACUGGAGUCUCAGGCGGCGGAAGUGCAGACUGCGAGAGAUCAGCUCCAGCUGGAGGUGCAGAAGUUGCAGAAGGAAAGUUCAGAGGUGAAACGGAAAGCAAAGGAGCUGCAGCGCUCCCUGGACACAGAAAAGGAAGGAACGAAGAGUCUGCAUGAGGAGCUGCAGAAAAAGGCUGCAGCUGAAGGUGGCUUGCAGCAGCACCUGGAGCGCUGUGAGCAGGAAAUGGCGGCUCUGAAGGUGAACCUGAACAAGGUGACUCAGGAGGGACAAAGUCAGCAAGCGGAGCUGAGCAAGAAGACUCAGAGUCUGGCUGCAGAGCUGCAGAAGGCCCAGCAGGAGAAAGAGGCGCAGAGGAAGGAGCUCGGAGCGGCUCAGGAGAGCCUGCAGAAGGCCAACAAGGCUCUGAAGGAGAGUCAGAAUCAGCUGGAGGUCGACAGGAAGAACCAUAAAUCAGCCAUGGAGGACAAGGACAAGUCUAUUGAAAAGACAAGAAAGGAGCUUUUGAAAACUAACGAGGCCAUCACUAAGAAAAUGAACGAAUCGAAGGAGCAGCUGGAGCAAUCGAGAGAGGCAGAGAAAACGUUGAAGGCGCAGCUCACCUCUUUUGAGCAGCAGCACUCAAAGACUCAGGGGACGUUGAAGGGAAAGGAGGAAGAGUUUAAGAAGUUGCAGGAUCAGCUGAAGACAGUUCAGGGAUCCAUGGAGAAGGAGGCGAAGAGGCUGAGCGGCCAAGUGGCUGAGCUGCAGGAAGCAGCUGUCAAGAAGGCAGAGGAGGAGAGGAAACUGGCGACUCGGGUGUCAGAGCUCAGCCAGGACCUGACCGCUGAGAGGAGCCGGGCGGCGGAGCUGCAGCAGUCCCUGCAGCAAAGCCAGGAAAACCUCUCAAAGCUUCAGUCCGACUUUUACGGCAAAGACUCUGAGGUUUCCUCUCUGCGUCAAGACCUAAAGAGCUCAGAGGAGAAGCUGAGCAUGGCUCAGGAGGAGCUGGCCGCCAAUCGGACGCAUCAGACGGCUUUAGAGGCUCAGAUCCAGGAACUGAAGGCGGCCCGGUCCACACUGGAGCAAGAACUCUCCAAACGGCACCAGAAGCUCCAGCAGCAGGAACAAGCCCUGAAGGAGCUGCAAAAGCAAGAGGGUCAAGUUAAAGAGGAACUGCAGAAGGAGAGAAGCAAGGCGGAGGAGCUGAGCAAAGCCAAGAGCGCGCUGGAAAAGAACAGCAGCAAACUGACCUCUGACCUGAAAACGCUGGCGGAGAAAAGUGAGAAGGAACUAGGAGAGUUGCAGGAAGCCAAGCAGCUGCUGAUCCAGCAGAAACUGGAGCUGCAGGGUCAAGUGGAGGCCGUGCAGGGGGCGCUCAAGGAGGAGAAGAAGGAGCACCAGGUCACCAAGGACAACAGGAGCAAGCGAGAGGAGCAGCUCCUCGUCCAGACAAAGGAAGUCCAGGAUCAACUCGCGGCGGAGAGGCGAGCCAGAGAGGAGCAGGUGAAGCUCGGGGAGGAGGCUGAAGCUAAGCUGAGCGUGCAGGUCACGGCCCUGAAUGAAAACGUGGCCACGCUGAAGAGAGAGUGGCAGAGCAGCCAGCGGAGAGUCGGCGAGCUGGAGAAGCAGACGGACGAGCUGAGAGGGGAGAUCGCUGUGCUGGAGGCUACAGUCCAGAACAACCAGGACGAACGGCGGGCUCUUCUGGAGAGGUGCGUCGCAGGUGAAGGCGAGAUCGAGAAGCUCCAGGCCAAAGUGGUGGAGCUCCGGAGGAAGCUGGACGACACCACGGCGGCCAUGCAGGAGCUCGGCAGAGAGAACCAGUCGCUGCAGAUCAAACAGUCGCAGAGUCUGACCAGAAAGUGGGCAGAGGACCAUGAAGUCCAGAACUGCAUGGCCUGUGGGAAAGGCUUCACCGUCACGGUCAGGAAGCACCACUGUCGACACUGCGGGAAUAUCUUCUGCGGCGAGUGUUCAGCGAGGAACGCCCUCACGCCGUCCUCCAAGAAGCCCGUUCGGGUUUGCGAGACGUGCUUUGAGGAGCUCCAGGGCUGAUCUUCAGUGUUCUCCUGCCCCUCAACUCCCUCCCUUCAACCCUUUAUAUUCCAGCGGGCAGAAGAAGGCUCGUCUUUGUCAUUUUUAAUGUGCACUAAUGAAAGACCGCCCCAGCGCAAAAAGACUCCCAUUUGCAUAGGCCGUCUAGCCGUGGUGCGGAGGAGAUGCAGCGGAGAUGCAGUGGGAUCAGCUGGGACCGUCCGUAUCUGUUUUUGUGCCUUUUGCUCCUCCUGUGGACUGCCAGAGAGCGGAGACGGUGGAUCCGCGCUCACCUCUUUAAGUUCGUAUUCAGGCCUCCAUCGGCGUUCGGCAUCGUCAGCAGUUGUGAGGUGGCUGCUUAGAUCUUUGCUCAUGUCUGCUAGUGUCACACUGCGCCGGGGAAUGAACCGACUCGGCUCAGUGCAGCUCUGCCAUACAAAGAUAAAUGCAAGUAACUUAUUAUCUGCUUGUAAUUCUACACGUCUAUUAUAGCACUCUUGAAUUCAUGCGUUUGAAGUGAGAAAGCACUACCUAUAAAAGUAUAAUUUCAAAAAAAAUCCUGUUAACCAAAAAUAAAAGCAUAUUUAGGUUCUGAAAACUGCAGAAAAAAAUGGACUGGUCUGUGUUUUCUAGGCCAAUAACUAUCUUCACUUCUGAUAGUGACAUUUUUUUUUCUUAAGGACAAACAGUAAUAGAAGAAAAGUAUCCUGCAGGUAAGUUGGUACCUCUAAUAUCUCUGUAAAGAUAUUAGAGGCAAUUAAUCCUAUGGAACGUGAAGAAAUUCCCAAAAUAAUGGAUCAAUGCAAAUGUCCCAAACUUAUAUUUUGUGCAGCAAAGCACGUUGAUGCAUUUAUUGACCAAAAAUGGUGUUAGUUUUUAGUAGAAUAAGAGAUUUCUUUUUUUCUGAUUUCACCUGCAGAUCACACCUGUCUCAUUAAAUAAUUACAGCAAUUAAAUUGUCAACUUAAAGUCAUAAAGCUACAUCUGAAGUAUUAUAAUUUUCUCAGUGUUUUCACUUAACUAAAAAUCAAUUUUGGGUUCUAAAAUUUGCAUUUUUGCUUGUUCUAUUAACUACAGUUUUAAUCUAUACUAGUUUUUUUAUUCUGUUUCUGAAGAUAAUAACACAUAAAACCUGAAAAUGUUUUGGAUUUCCUUACAGCCGGUGCAUGAGAUUAUCAUUAAAGCAUAUUUUUGUCCACUUUGUUGAUGUACUUAUGAAAACGGAGAGAGUUAUUAAUUUUGGCGAAUUCAAGGGACAAAAAAAAAAAAAUCAAAUUUUCUUUGUGUUUGACUUUCUAUGUUGGGAAAAUUGGCUGAUUCUCAUCCCAGUCCUCUGCUUAGAUGGUAAAAGCAGAAAUGACUAAACAUGUAUUGGUGUCAGCUGAAGUAUUUGCUUUCUAUAUGUAAAUUUUAUUAAAGAAACACUCAUAUUAGGCCUUUUUAAAUUGUCAAACAUUCACAGUGUUUAUCUUUUUCUUGGUUUCUUUAAAGAUCAGUCAUCUUGUCCAGAACCUGUCAUGUUAGUUACUUCCUGUUCUCUUUGUAUGGCAGCAUGUUUCCUAAUCUGCAGAAAUGUAUGUAUUGAGUCCAUUUCAUGACCAAAGAAUGUCUGCAGCAGAGUUUGUAAAGUGUCAGUAUUUGCCUGAAAGCGUUUGAGUUGUGACAUUUUUAUCGUGAGUCUUUUUGUUGCUUUGUCACUUGAUUGUGUGUGUUUAUUAUCUUCAGGUUGUGGUAAUGCAGUAACUGAAGGUGCCUCCAUGUUUUAAUUUGGUCUUUUCUGCAGUCCAACAGCACUGAUUGUGUUUGAGUGUGCGCGCUCUGCUUUGAAGCAAUAACUGUAGGCGUGUGUGCGCGCGCGAGUGUGUGUGUGUGUUCACGGUCAUGCCUGCUGCAUGAAUCCUGGCUGCUCAGAAGCUCGGCAUCUCUGACUCGAGGUUCAGGAACUGCUGCCUUCAGGUACAGCAGUUACUGCCGGUUCUCUGUCCAGCUGAGAACACUGUAAAGCUAAAUUCCUGCUAUUUUAAUUUAUAUUUGCUUGCGGGUUCUGAUGGGAUCUAUUGUACUUUUUGUUUUUCUUUUUUGACUGGAGCAAGUGGAAACACUGUAAAACAGAUAAUUCUGCAGCAAGCAGCUUGUCUCAGAUUUACCAAAUUAGCUCUUUUUGCUUGAAUGAUUGUCAGACAUGAAUGUCCAUUUCACCUUCUAAAAAAAUGUUGUUUUUUUUAAUGAUAAAUUGGUUUCAUGCCUACCUGAGCUUGACUGAGAAAAAACACUAUUUCUAGACGAUGGACAUCACAAAUGUAUCACUACUUGCAUCCGAUUCAGGAUCUACGACUGGUGAGAGGUUUUGCACCUUAUCCCUACUCUCGGCCCGUCUUUGCGAGGCUGCAAACAUAGGACAACCAACUUUAUACAGGCUUCAGCAUCUCCUGCUUGUUAUUUACUAAUGCUGUCACAGUUCUUUGUAAAUGUUCGUAAUGAGAGAGGUAAAUUGCUUACGUGUGGCCGUAGAGAUGUGCAGUAAAACAGUGUUUGGAUUCAUCAGUGUCUCACUCAUUUUUACAAAAUGAUACCACGGACUCGCUUCGGACACUUUUUGUGGCUUCAUGUGUUGCUGUCGGUUAUUGUGUAUGACGGCUUUAGUUUUCAGUUUGGUGGACGUACCUGGUGGUUGCUACGGUGUGCCUGAGGCCAGGUUCCUCUGCUGCUUGCUGAGAUGUUGUACAGUCUGGGCGGCUACGUUUGACCUGCAUGGAGGGAUGAGGUGGUGUAUUCUGUGUUCACAUGCGCCAUGUUGAUUUUCUUUUUCAUGACAAGUGUAAAUAAAAACCUGCAGUAUGUUUCUAAAGGUC